UGUGCCAAUUCAUACAGUGUUUACAUUUUAUCAUUGAUUGUAAUUGGAGCUCUACAAUUCAAAUCUAAAACAUGCUCAAUUUUUAGUGUUUAAAUCAGGUGUGUUUAGUAAAUAUGAUCCAGUUCAAAAAAAUUGCAUUUGUAAUGUCUAUCUGACAUCCCUGCCCAUGUGUGCAUUGCUUUGUGAAUAUAUCUAAUCUUCGUGUGCGUGUGUAUAUAGAACAUUUUAUAAUUUGUCCCUCAAUAAUAAUCUGAUUCUGCAAGAUUUAGAAGGAACAGUUCACCCAGAAAUGGAAAUAAUGCGCUAUUUACUCACCCUUAGUCCAUCCAAGAUGUACAUGAGUUGUUUCCUCAUUAAAACAGACUUGGAAAAAGUUAGCGUCAAAUCACAUGCAGAAUAUUAUUGAUAGUUUGAAAUUAAAGCACGUCUUGAUUGAAUUUAUUCUUACAGGAUUGUAGCAUUUCGCUUCACAAGAUGUUAGAUGAGGGACUGCAGUGCUGUGGAUUAAUUUAGAGGUUUUCUUAAGAUGCUUGGACCCUAAUUCUGACGGCACCCAUUCACUGUAAUGCAAUCCCAAAAUUCUCCAAAUCUGUUCCCCAUGAAGAAACUAAAUCUUCUAUAUCUUGGAUGUCCUGAGGGCGGGUACAUUUUCAGCACAUUUGUAUUUUUGGGUCAACUAUUUCAGUCAGCUUUUAUAGCUUUGUGAAAAAUUUGGUUCAUUGUACAGACUUUCCAAUUUCUGAACUUGUAAAAAGGUCAGCUUUUAAAUUUCUCUGUUUGUUAGUGAUGUAAUGAGCAUCGUUUCAACAUGCAAGGGUAUCACUGCUUAAUGUAAAUAUUCAAAGUACUUUAUUCUGAAACUUUGGAUGCAUAAAGACAUUUGAGAAAUGUACUUUUGGGUAUUUGACGCAUGACAUGACCUGGUCUCUGCAUCUGAUUGGAUGAAAGAUUAAUGUUAAUGUAACCCCAGUUGCUCACUUGAGGCCUGUGUGUUUGAUGCUCAAUCACUGUAUCUGUAGUAAGUUCAGUGUUGGAGUAUUUCUAGACGUUCUUCCAACUGCAUCCUCUGAUAGUGAAGUGGACAAGCAUUGACGUGCGUUUCUGUGUCAUCAUAACCAUCUGGACUGAGAGAGGCGCGGUCACUACAGUUCUGUGAAGCGCGCGCACGCGAGAGAGAGGGAGAGACGCGCUGUAGCGGCUCGGAACAUCUUCACCCGGCGUGAUUCAUCUUCAAGUAUUCGUCUCUCGCUGUCAUCAUGGCCUCGAUCUCGGAGUGGUACGCGGGGAAGAACGUGCUGAUCACCGGAGCCACGGGCUUCAUGGGGAAGGUGCUGAUGGAGAAACUGCUGCGCUCCUGUCCAGACGUGAAGGCCCUCUACAUCCUCGUCCGGCCCAAAGCGGGUCAGUCUAUGUCCGAGCGCGUCCAGGACAUGAUGAAGUGUAAGCUGUUCGACCGCGUGCGUGAGGAUAAUCCUGACUUUCAUCAGAAGAUCGUCCCCAUCAGCAGUGAGCUCACUCAGCCCGGCCUGGCCAUCAGUCCGGAGGAUGUGAAGACGCUCACUUCCUGUAUACACAUCGUCUUCCACUGCGCCGCCACCAUCCGCUUCGACGAGGCCCUGAAGCAUGCGCUGCAGCUGAACGUCAUCUCCACGCAGCAGCUCCUCUCUCUGGCGCAGCAGAUGCAGCAGCUGCAGGCCUUCAUCCACAUCUCCACCGCCUACGCCAACUGCAACCGCAGACACAUCGACGAGGUCAUCUACCCUCCUCCGGUCGAGCCCAAGAAACUCAUCGACUCUCUGGAGUGGAUGGAUGACAGCAUGGUCUGUGACCUCACACCGCGUCUGAUCGGUGACCGGCCGAACACUUACACCUACACUAAAGCUCUGGCCGAGUGUGUGGUGCAGCAGGAGAGCGGCCGACUCAACAUCGCCAUCAUACGGCCGUCCAUCGUGGGAGCCAGCUGGCAGGAGCCGUUCCCCGGUUGGAUAGACAACUUUAAUGGACCGAGUGGCAUUUUCAUUGCUGCUGGGAAGGGCAUCCUGCGCACCAUGAGAGCCAGUAAUGACGCGGUGGCCGAUCUGAUUCCUGUAGAUGUGGUGAUAAACCUGACGCUGGCGGCCGGCUGGUACACCGCGGUGCACAGACCGAAAACUGUGCUUGUGUACAACUGCACCACCGGAGGCAUUAACCCUUUCCACUGGGGCGAGAUCGAGCAUCACGUGAUGUCCACGUUCAAGAGGAAUCCUCUGGAGCAGGCUUUCCGUCGGCCGAACGCCAACAUCACGUCCAAUUACCUGAUCAACCAGUACUGGACCCUCGUGAGCCACAAGUUCCCCGCGCUCCUCUACGACCUGAUCCUGCGACUGUCCGGACAGAAACCUCAGAUGAUGCGUAUUUUCAACCGUCUGCACAAAGCCAUCGGUCUCCUGGAGUACUUCAGCAGUCAGGACUGGGAGUGGAACUCAGACAACAUGAACAUGCUGAUGAACCAGCUGAGCGCCGAGGACAGGAGGACCUUCAACUUUGACGUCCGUCAGCUGAACUGGCCCGAGUACAUCGAGAACUACUGUAUCGGCACCAAGAAGUACGUUCUGAACGAGGACAUGUCUGACAUCCCGGCGGCCAGACAGCACCUGAGGAAGCUGAGAAACAUCCGAUACACGUUCAACACGCUGCUGCUGGUCUUCAUCUGGCGCGUCUUCAUCGCUCGCUCUCAGAUGGCCAGGAACAUCUGGUACUUCGUCGUGAGUCUGUGCUUCAAGUUCCUGUCCUACUUCAGGGCUUCCAGCACUCUGACCCAAUGA